UCUGCUCCUGUGCGCUCCCGUGCGUCCGCCGAUAGCAGAUCUUCCCGAACAGCCAGCAGCGAUCCAGACAAGAUGGUGAAGGUCGGAGUGAACGGAUUUGGCCGUAUUGGACGCCUGGUCACCAGGGCUGCUAUUCUCUCUGGCAAGGUCGAGGUUCUGGCCAUCAAUGACCCUUUUAUUGACCUCAACUACAUGGUCUACAUGUUCCAGUACGAUUCCACCCAUGGCAGGUUCAAUGGCACUGUCAAGGCUGAGAACGGGAAGCUCUCCAUCAACGGAAAGGCUAUCACCAUCUUCCAAGAGCGAGAUCCCGCCAACAUCAAGUGGGGUGAUGCUGGCGCUGAGUAUGUGGUGGAGUCCAUUGGUGUCUUCACUACCAUGGAGAAGGCUGGGGCUCACCUGAAGGGUGGUGCCAAAAGGGUCAUCAUCUCUGCCCCUUCUGCCAAUGCCCCCAUGUUUGUGAUGGCUGUGAAUCACGAAAAGUACGACAACUCCCUCAAGAUCGUCAGCAAUGCUUCCUGUACCACCAACUGUUUAGCCCCACUGGCAAAGGUCAUCCAUGACAACUUUGGCAUUGUGGAGGGACUCAUGACCACAGUGCACACCAUCACUGCCACUCAGAAGACUGUGGACGGCCCCUCUGGGAAGCUGUGGCGUGAUGGCCGUGGGGCUGCCCAGAACAUCAUCCCUGCAUCCACUGGUGCUGCCAAGGCUGUGGGCAAGGUCAUCCCAGAGCUGAACGGGAAGCUCACAGGCAUGGCCUUCCGUGUGCCCACUCCCAAUGUGUCGGUGGUGGAUCUGACCUGUCGCCUGGAGAAAACGGCUAAAUACGACGACAUCAAGAAGGUGGUGAAGCAGGCCUCAGAUGGUCCCCUCAAAGGCAUCCUGGGCUACACUGAGGACCAGGUUGUGUCUUGCGACUUCAACAGUGACAGCCACUCUUCCACCUUUGAUGCUGGGGCUGGCAUUGCCCUGAAUGAUCACUUUGUGAAGCUCAUUUCCUGGUAUGACAAUGAGUUCGGCUACAGCAACAGGGUGGUGGACCUCAUGGUCCACAUGGCCUCCAAGGAGUAAGUGGCCCCCACCACCACAGCCCAGCGAGACCAGAGGGAUGGAGAGGCCACGCUGUAGAAGUCAUCACUGCCCUACUCAGCCCCGAUACUGAGAAUCUCCCCCUCACAGCUUCCAUCCUAGGCCCCCUAGAAGGGGAAGGGCCUUGGGAUCCCUGGCUCGCUGCCCUUGCACACCAUCAAUAAAGCCCAUUGUACCC